CGCAUCUUAAAGGACUAAACUGAAAUUUCAGAGCUCAUAUGCUCGCUUCCCAUUUCUGCUCCCACCUGAAGUCCCUCGUCUGAUCUCUGCAGCGAAGCCCACUUCUCCGAUCAUAGAGAAGUUAAUCGAUCUAGGUUUUAGUUGGUUGAUCCUUCGUAUACACAGGCGGAAAUCGUACAAAUCGAGUACCAAAAUUGGUGAAUUCGGCUUCCUGUAAACCUAAAUCAGUUGCUGCAGAUCUGAAUCGGGAAUCCGGAUGUCGUGCUUGGCGCUGGCGCUGCAGCCCGCGAAUGGGCCCGAUAUACUUCUGCAAACUCGUGAAUGGUUCCCCCCUUUCCGGGCGUUGAUGGCGCUCUCAUCUUUCCGGCAGACUCGUCGUUCCUUCGCUAAGAGCCAUAUCCAAUCGGCCGGCUCCGGUACUCCUGAAUCCGAUCCCUACGCCAAUUCGUUGGGUGAUGAUCCUUUAGCAGCGUCUUCGGGGCAGGUAAUUGUUGGAGUCGAGUCUCGUUACCGCGUUGUGUAUCGUCUCGUUAAUUCAAUCUAUGUUCUCGCCGUGACUACGAUUGAUGAUUCGAAUAACAAUGUGUUUGAGUGCAUUAAUAUUGUCAACCAAGCGGUUUCGGUGGUGGUUACUGCCUGCCGUGGUGUGGAUGUCACACCGGAGAAAUUGGGGAAGAAGUAUGCAGAGAUUUACAUGGCGUUGGAUAUAAUUUUGCGUGGAGUUAGUAGCAUUAGGUUAGCUGCAAUGCUUGCAUCUAUGCACGGCGAGAGCAUUGCCAAAAUGGUGCAUUCUGCAGGCCAAACCGAGAGUCGAAUUCGAGGGGCGGAUAGCUGGUCAAGUGUGGAGCCUCAUGUGGUUGAUCAUGAAGCAGGCACCGAGACAUUUUCGAAGGCGCUAUUUGAAUUGCCUACCGAGACUCUGCAGGCAGGAGACGAGGUUGCGGCUGCGACGUUAGGACUUUUCCAGCAGGGCGAGGAGAAGGAGCCGAGUAAAGUGGAGGAAACUGAGGGAGAGAAGGAUCCAUUUGCGGCUAGUGAUAUGAUUAACAAACCAGAAGAAAUGCUGGUGGAAGGGUUCAAGAAGGAUAAGGAUUUGGGUGUUUCGGAUGCAAGCAAGGCAUUGGCGGGGCUUGAGGUGACGACGCUGCCCCCUGCUGCAGCUACCGAGUCUACACAUAUAGGUGUCGAAGGAUUUGAAGGGAAUUAUGGUGGGAUUGAGUUCAGUAACGAUGGAUCUACACUUCCGGAAGAUUUUGAGGGUAUUAAUGAUGCUUGGGGCGGUGGAUUGGAUGCAUCCGAGUAUGUAGGGACGAAGAAGGUUCAGAAGGAUCGGGGUCUCGGUGGUUUGGAAUUGUUGAACACAAGCGAUCCUCCGGCUGCUGCGCCUAAAGAAGGUGGUGGUGAGAAGAUUGAGGAUGUGUUGGUGAAGAAGACAGAAAUGAAGGGCCCUGAAAUGUACGUCGUUGAAGAAAUUAAUGCCGAGUUUAGGGAAUCAUUGCUUGCACGAGUUGGUUUGAUGGGGAUUAUCUACCUUAAAACAAUGCCUCCAAAAUCGACCCCGGAUGAUAAAGAGACCGAAUUCAACUUUAAGGUGGAAGGCACCGAAUCAAUUAAGAGGUUCGUGGUGCAAAGUUCGAAAGUAAGCAGUCUCGAGAACUCUCUCUUUCAUGUGAGAACAGCUCCGUCAAAGGAUCCUAUUCCGAUCGCAAAGUACAGCAUAUUACCUCGCGCCACUCCGCUGCCUAUAAGAGUUCGAAUCGUCAAACGCCUUGUUGGGACUUUACUCUCGAUCAUGAUCCAGUAUGUGUCGAACUCGGAUUUGCCUGCACCCUUGAAUGAUGUGACGAUUGUCCUGAAGCUGCCCGUUGAUCCAACCUUACUUAAAGUGUCGCCGAAAGCAGUGCUGAAUAGAACUGAGAGGGAAUUGAAAUGGCACAUUGAUGAGAUUCCGCUUAAGGGCAAUCCCGGAAGGUUAAGAGCAAGAAUGCCUGUGGAUAUUGCUGAAGAUGAUGAUGGGUCGGAUCUUGAGAUCUUCGCUUAUGUGAAAUUCUCUGCUCGCGGCGCUAGAUCCUUAUCCGGAGUGUCGCUGAAGCCGGCAUCGGAAGGUAAGACAGAUUUCUAUGAGGUUGAUCACAGGUAUUCUAGUGGUGAGUAUAUUUGCAACUAAGCAUGAAGAUUUCUAGCUUCUUUUUUUUUUUUUUUUUUUUUCUGGGAAUCUUGGAUUUGUGCUGUUUUUAGUUUUAGUUCUGAUGAAUUUUGUGGUUCUUGAAAUCUCAUAUUAUUUGUUGAAUUGAAGCUGGUCUCUGAAUUUCGAUUU